AAUCCAGGGGAAAUUAGAUCCUGGGAGGUUGUUUUAGGUGUAGGCAUUUUUGAAGCAGUUUUUAAGAAUGUCUUUCUAGAGACUCCUUCCGUUUGGAAGUGACUGAGGAUAUUCAACCUGCGUGCCUCAGAUACCUAAAUUCACCACCAGAUACACUCUCAGACAUAAGCAUUCUCUUUUUUGCUUGGCUUAAGAGUUUAAUCCCUAUUACCUGCUUCUUGAAUUUCAUUCCUAUCUCAUAAUAAAUAUUUUAUCUUCAUUAGUCUCCUUUCUUCUAGCCUUCUCAGUUGCCUACAGUUCCUUCAUUGUCAAGGACUUCUUUUGUUUUCAGGAAUUAAUUAAUUAAUUAACCAAUAUUAAUGGAGAACUUGCUCCAUGCCAGUCAUGUUCUAAAUGAAAGGGAUAUAGCAGUGGGGGAAAUAAGUCCCUUGAUCUCAUGUAACUUACGUAUUAGCAGGAGAGAGACACAGGAAGCUGACUGCCACGUGAGCAAAUCCUUUAGAGGGGUGGCCAGAGUAGAAGCGAGGAGACCAGUUAGGAAAACGAUAGUGCCAUGGACUAGGUUCAAGCUGACAGAGGAUGCAAUGUGAUUGGAUUCUGGGUGUAUAUUAGAAGGUAGGAGCACCAAAAUUAGCCCCUAGACUCAAAUCCACCCCCUCUAAACACUUUCAUUCCUCUGAUAAUUUCUUGGAACAACACCGUUGUCUACUUGUUUUGCAUGUCACGUUUACUACAUAAUUUUCUGAUUGAGCAUAUCUUACUGUGAAGUCCUCUCUUGGUAAUUCGUCCACUCUUACUGAAUCCUUUGGUCUCUAUUCGUUAUGUUUAUUUCACCCCUUCUACUCGUUUUGGAGGGCAUAUUCAUGAAGACUGAAAGAAAUAUAUGUACAUUCUUUGCCAAUUUUAUUCUCCCCCUUUCCAUGGUAGUAUCUUUGUUUAGUUGGUUGGUUCAUUGUCACCUCUUGCCUCCAGCUCCUUAGAAAAGUGGAGGGAAUGGAAAAUAGUUCUUUGGUACUACUCUAUCUCAGAAGACUGGGUCUGAAAUCAAAGAGUCAGAUAAAUAAAAGGUGUUUGUGUAUUAUCCCAAUUUUGUAGGUAGUUUCAGAUUCAUAAGGUGCAUUUAAUUUUUCUUAUUUCUAGAAGACUUGAAAGUUGAUAGCACGACUGAGAACAAAGAAAACCAAGACAGACUUAUAUGGCAAACUGCUUUUAUCAAUAAAAAAAAGUGAUUACACAGAGAGAGAAUAUAUUAAGCAAAACAUUUUUUCUGGGCAUAGACUCUAUUCCUUCUAGAAAAAUGCCCAGUAAAUCUAACCCAGAUGGAAUCAGUUUAGAAAAUACGUCAGAGUUAACCACUAACAAUAGAAACUAUUCAGGAAAGAAAUCUGAUGAUGCCAAUGAGUGUGAGAAAUUGCUUCCUGAUAUUAAUCAUGAGAAAACUUAUACUACAGAAAAACUUAAUGAAUUUAAUCAAAAUAAGAGCAUUUUCUAUCAUAGUGAGGAUUUUAUUCAGCAACAAGAGAUUCAGCCUGUGGAGCACCUAUGUGAAUAUGAUGAAUGCGUGAAAGCCUUCCACAGUUAGUGCUGUCUUCACUACACGUAAGGGAACUCACACAAGAGAGAAACUCUGUGAUUAUAGUAAAUGUGAGAAAAUCUUCAGGGAUGAGUCAAACCUCAUGUUACAUCAGACAAGUUACUCAAGGAAGACUCACUGUAAAUUUAAUGAAUGUGGGGAAACCCGUGGUAAGUCAGUUCUCUGGAAGAAACAUCUUAGAAUUGACAUGGGUGAGAAAUACCAUAAGUGUAAUGUAUGUGGGAAAACUUUCUUCCGGAAGUCAAACCUCACAGUACAUCAGAGAACACACACAGGGGAAAAGCCCUAUAAAUGUAAUGAAUGUGGGAGAUCUUUUUACCAUAAGCCAGCCCUCACUGUACAUCAAAGAAUUCAUACAGGAGAGAGACCCUAUGAAUGUACUAAGUGUGGGAAAACUUUCUACCAGAACUCUGCUCUCCGUCAGCAUCAAAGAACACACACAGGGGAGAAGCCUUACAAAUGUAGUGAAUGUGAAAAAUCUUUCUCCCAAAAGUCAGACCUGACUGUGCAUCAGAGAUCUCACACAGGAGAAAAACCUUAUAAAUGUAAUGAGUGUGAGAAAUCAUUCAGUAUAAAGUCAAACACUGUACACCAGAGAAUACUUUCAGGGGAGAGGCCCUAUGUAUGUAGCGAAUGUGGGAAAAUGUAUUAUAUGAAGUCAACCCUCAACAAACAUCAAAGACUUCACACAGGGGAGAAGAUAUAUGAAUGCAAUGAAUGUGGGAAAACCUUCUGUGGGAAGUCAGUUCUCCUUAAACAUCAGAGAACUCAUACAGGGGAGAAACCUUAUGAAUGUGUUGAAUGUAAGAAAACCUUUUCUGAGAAAUCAACACUCAGUAAACAUCAGAGGAUUCAUACGGGGGAGAAACCCUUUGAAUGUAACAAAUGUGGGAAAGCAUUCUGCCAAAAGUCACAACUCAUUCAACAUCAGAGAAUUCAUACAGGGGAGAAACCCUAUAAGUGCAAAGAAUGUGGGAGAACGUUUUGCCAGAAGGCAUCCCUCAGUGUACAUCAGAGAACACACACAGGAGAGAAGCCCUAUGAAUGUAACAAAUGUGGAAAAUCUAUGAUAGUUCAACCCUCGUUAAACAUAAGAGAAUUCACUCGGGAUAAACCCUAUAAAUGUAAUGUAUGUGGGAAAACCUUCAACCACAAACCAGCUCUUCUCACACAUCAGAGAAUACACACAGAAGGGCAAUGAUGUAAAGAUGGAUGUGCAGAACCCUCCUACCCUAAUUCAGAGCCUUUGGUAUGACAGACAGUGUAUGCAGGGAAGAAACUCAGUGGAUGUAGUGUAUGUGAGAAGUCCUACUAGAAAUCAACCUUUA